AUGGCGACCAAGUUCAUUUUACUUUCCGUAGCUGCCGCGUCCUCUUCCUCCGCCGAAUCCACUACCGCCGAAACCUCCGCUGCCACCUCCGAAUCCUCCACCUCCGAAUCCACCACCUCCGCUGCCGCCUCCAAAUCCUCCACCUCCGAAUCCACCGCCACCUCCAGACAGCUUUCCGGCGCCGAUCAGAAUUCCACUGCUUACGCUCCACCUCCACCUCGGCCUCCACUUCCACCAUAUCCACCACUGCCUCUGCCGCCGCCGAAUCCACCUCCUCUGCCUCCAAAUCCAGCACCACUGCCUCCAAAUCCUCCUCCACUGCCUCCAAAUCCUCCACUGCCUCCAAAUCCUCCUCCACCUCCACCAAAUCUCAACAGGUUGCUCACAAUAAGGCGAUUCAUGAUGCCUGAAAGCGUCUUCCACUGCUGCAGGAGACGAGAUGCGACCGAGUGUGGCUGGACAGCGCCCGUCCCUCCAUUUAUACACGGCACCGCCACUCGUGGCACCCUUGAGGCACCAGUCGUGACACUGACACGUUUUCCGAAACACAUUUUGGGAAAUGCUUCACCAUAA